UCGACGAGCGCGGCAAAGCGCGCGCGUAUAGCGCGAAACAGAACCAACAGAUGGCAUUUUUAUUCAUCCGGUUUUGAUUCCGUGUGAACGGAGUUUGUGCGCGCACAAAACAUGGACAUCGGAGCACUCGUGGGAACGUAAAAAAAUAGAUGUCGUACGAGCCGUUUCAUUGGCUGCAGAGCAUCUGGAAUAAUAACUUAUAAACUUAAAAGAUAAUUUUAAGUAAAAAAUUUGACUAUAUAUGUGAAUACCGGCUUUUGACACGCGUGCGUACCAAACGAUCGUUAAAAUCGCUUAAAGUGCGUAUAUGUAAACAGUGUGUUACUGUGUGCAAAUAGUGACCAAGUCAAUAGGAUUAUUAUUUUUUAUUAUUAUUUAAACGAUGGCUUCUUCCAACGAUCUUGCUACGAUUGAAACGCUGAAGUGCUUGAAUCAAUCAGUGAUAGAACGAUGUAGACAUCUAGCUACCAUUAUAGACGACGCUAGCACAACCGAACUGCAGCAUGUCUUUCCUGUACUGAUAGAUUCUUUAUUCGGAAUAGUAGACAAUAUUGGAUGGGGCUUACAUACCAUUACAUAUAAAAAGAAUCCGCAAGAAUAUGAGGCUCUUUGUAACUUCCUUGGCCCACAGGGAUCAAUGUUCUCCUUGUGCUACAAGUUGCUUCCAGACUGUUAUCUGAAAUAUAAUUUUCCAGUGUCAUAUCUUCCAUCAAAAAUACGUUCCAUGUUGGAAGAAGGAGUGAUAUCGCCAUUUUAUCUUGAUAAAAUUAAACAGGAUCCAGGAGCACGUGUACCCUCAGCUUUAUCUAUGAAUCCUUUUGAGUACUACAUUUUCCACUUUGCAUACCAUCUGACCAAUCCCUGGCUGCAACUUCAACAGCAAGAGAAUGUAUGGAUGAACUGGGAGACGGUUUAUGUUCAAUUAGCGCAUUGUUAUUUGUAUCAUUUUCUUCCCAGAGAUAGUUCCACUGUUUUACCGGUAAUUGGGCCGUAUGUAAAAAAGACUCCGCCAAGAAAAUUGACUCAAUCGCCAGAAUUCAGAAGAGAUUGUCACAAGAUGCAAACUCCAAGACUCUUAAGAACGUCCAUAUUGUCGCCGAGAUCACCAAGUCCUGGAUCGAAUAUACCGCAGCAACAGUGUUUACCGCAAGUGUGGAGAAGCGAGACGGUAGUGCAAGUUUUUCUUGAUUUUUGGUUGGAAUAUACAGAGGAUCAGCAAAUAAUUUCCCAAAUGAACACAUCUUACCUCACUUCUGUACCUCUACGACAUAGCAUACAUUCCGGGGAACAUAUACGUCUUGUGAGAGCGUUCAUAAAAACACUGCACGAAUUUACAAAUACCGCUACGGGUGACAAGAGCGCAAUGGACGAGUUAAAAAGAAUAAUUCUUCCUUCGGUUCAAGGAAAAAUAUACACGUUUUUACGAAAAGCGAUAUAUCAUUGGCCAUUAGACAGUUCGUUCAGGUUAAUAUUGGAAGCCUGGCUGAGCUUCAUUCAACCGUGGAGAUAUGUGCCGGGAAUAACGUACACUAAAGAAGGAAAAACGGAGGAAGAGGAAAGAGGCAAAAUUCAUGAUCCCAGCAGAUGGACUCCUUUCGUUGCUAACAACCUGUUGGCAUACGCAGCUAUAUUUCAACAACUGCUUCCGCGUUUUAUAAGAACCGAUCUAGUAGCGCCUAAGAAUGCAUUGAUGUUGUACAGAGUUACAAAAGUAUUCGCACAACCACAUUUGGGACAAAUGAUACGCGAAGUAGAAAGUUGUGUAGACGACGUAGGUUUAAGAGGUCGGCUAACUGCCAAUCAAUGGACAACGGUCGUUCGACAACAGUUUCACGAACUCGAAGGUCCCACGUAUCAAUAUACACCAAUGUUUUCGUCGUCCAUCAUCUCUCAGGUUGUGUGCUUUUUGAGUAUAAUCAAACAGGCACACUUGACAGCGACCAGUUUAGUGGAGGCUCUUGAAAACAAGAGAAAAGGGAAACGUUUUUUCCCGUCUUUGUGGGAGUUUUUUUCGUGCGAGGAUUAUUCCUCGGACGACAUCAGCAUAGAAGAGAGACGACGCGUCCCCGUUCUCUUGGCUACUGCUCAACAACAGCUUAUUGAUAUAUUUCAAAUCACACUUGAAGACAUUCCACAGGUUGCUAUAGUGGCGGAUCAAGAAUAUCACGAUAGCAUUUUGAAAACUUCAUUCUGUCAUCAAUCAUUGACGGAAUCUAGUUUUGAUUCGAAUAAACCAGGUACUUUUGUACCACUGCAAGAGGGUAGACAAACGUGCCGGUAUAUCGAAUACAUGGGAGAUCCGGAGUUGCAACCGGUGCGAACGAACGAAUGCGCAUUUUUAGUUCGAAACUUUUACAAGUUUUGCUGUUACAUCAAUCGCAAGUAUCAACACGAAAUAACUUCGAUGUACAACAGAAGGAGCUUUUUCGGUAGCAUUUGUCGACAAGUAGUCGCACCUCCUACCACAAUUGUUAAGUUGCCAAAACGAACGUUAACUGGAUUCACCAGUGGCUACGAGGAACGAGUGCCGCCUCGAUUGAGUUUACGGCCUUUGGCCAAUUAUUCCUUCCUUGCGAGCGUGUCACUCGGCGUGUUUAUUGCAUGGCUUAUAAAUUACAGUCCUUUUACGUUUCUGGGAUUUAUAUUUUGGGUGUGGAUUAUGUAUGUGGUUAUACGUGCAGGUCUGCAACACUGUUUCCCAUCCAGCACACGUACUUCAUGAUCGAGCGCAAUCAUGUUUCCCUUUACUUGAUAAUAUCUGCUGAAAUAACGUGUUGGUAUAUACAUUCCUUAAUAAAAACACGCACAGACACAAAAUAAUGUUAAAUAAGUAUAUUUAUAAAAUAUCAAGAUAUAUGUAUAUAUAUUGCGUGUGU